GCCGCGAAGAUACUCGAACAUCCCAUUAUAAACCCGUUUCCCUUUUUUGAGAUUUAAAUAAAAAAAACCUAAUUUCAACAAUUCUUCAAAUCCCCAAAUUCAAUUUCAUUUCUCACAAAUCUCUGAUUUUCUAGCGUUUUCUUCUUCAACUUCAGAAGCUAAUACAACCAUCAAUGGGCGAAUUGAACAUGCAAGAGAUGCCAUUACCAGCUCUGUUCGAGAAAGCUAAAAAAAUUCAUGAUUCGGCUUCGGAAUCAAGCGUUGAUCAAGGAACAGUGAGGAAAGGUUGUGAGAUUUUGAGUGUGUGUGAAGAAAUGAUUGGGAAAUUAGGGUUGUUUUCUCUUAAUGAGACUAAAGAUGAUAUAAGCACAGCAAAUCUCAAGUAUAUUCUGGUCCCUUAUUAUCUAGCAGAGCUAACAGAAAAAAAUGCAGAAGAUGAUAGGGUAGAAGUACUCAAGGCUUCACAAGCUAAGCUAAAGGAAUUCAUUUCGUUUUGUGAGACAAUGGAGCUUGUUCCUGAAGAUGAGAUAGAGACAUCUACACAAGGUGGAGCUAGUUCUUUUGUAGAUUGUAGAGCUAAGAAGAUUGCUCGUUUCAAACGUCAAAGAGCCGCUGAGUCAAAACUACUUGAAUUAAAGGAGCGGAAAGAGCGUCGUGGGCGAUCGACUAAAGCAGCUGCAUUGUCAAGUCCUGUGGAGACUGAAGAAGAUGAUGUGUUUGAUGACGACGGUGAAGAAGAAAGGGAGGCAUGGCUUACAACUAUUUCCUUGGCCCUUUGUAAGGCCUUUGAUUUGCUUGAAAUGCUGAAGAAAGAGGAAGAAAUACUAUCUGCUGUCAGGGAGAAGCAGCUUCAGGAUGGGGAGAAAGAAUUUUCUCAGCUAAUACUUGACGAACGCACCCAAAAAGCAGAAUCUUGGCAUCGUGGUGCUGCUGCACGAGCUCGCUAUACAAAACCUGCAGCACCUAUCACCUGUGCCACUUUUGCACAAGAUGUCAUAGAAGGGAGGGCCAAGGUUUCACAGGCACAUGAACAUAAACACCAGCCUUUACUUUUUGGACCUGCAAGUCUUGUUGGUAUGAACCCUACAACUGAACGGGAAAGGAUAGCUGCCCAGGUCUUUCAGCCUCAUUAUAGAUUGCCAACGAUGAGCAUAGAAGAAGCUGGGCUAACAGAGAUGAAUAUGAUGAACAAAUGGCAAGAAAGGAAUGUUAAGCUUAUGGAAGAAGCAAAUUCUUCAUGGUACAAUGAUGGUCCCAAGUCAAGGCCAGGUGAAGAUGAUGAAGAAGAUGAUAAUGAUGACGCGGCCCAAGAAAAGGCAAGAGCAUGGGAUGACUGGAAAGAUGACAACCCUCGUGGCGAGGGCAACAAGAAGCUAACUCCUUGUGGUUAGGUAGUUGCAUUAGAGCCCAAGAACUCCAAUCAAUAACCUUUUUGAACACCUUAAUUUAAAACUCAAUUGACAGUUUGCCAUUCAGUUGGAAACCAUUUUAUUCUUGUUUCUAUAUGUAUUACAAUUUUUGUGUAAUGUCUAGGUAGAUGUUGUAUUAUAAAGUGGUUGUUAUUUUAAAAAAUGUUAAAUGACACUUUGUCUAGUAAAAGAGGUGAUUUUGCACAGGUUCUUGCAGUGCCACAUUUUAAA